UUUAAAUAGCACUUUGUCCUCUCCGGCAAUACAGUUUGAGCAGUUUAACACGAGGGAAAGUGGACGGGAAUCCAGCAUAUUUGAAACUCGAAUAAUCGGAAUUACCAGGGUUGUUGGACUAUACUUAUUUAUUAUUAUUUGACAAGAAAACAGGAACUAGAAGAGGUUCUGCAAUGAAGUUAACAGGGAUAUUUUUAUUAGUGAUGCUUUGGAGCUGCGAAGGCGCAAGGGUGGCAGAAAGCAGAGACGACAACAGCGUGUACGAUCUGUUUGAGCUCGUUCAAGUGCCUAAGAAGAACCAUGGGGUCAUGCUCGUGAAAGGCGACGACCCCUACAGUCCCGCCUACAAGAUCCUGAACCCGAACCUGAUUCCGCCGGUGCCCGAAAACGAUUUCCGUGACCUGGUGGACUCGGUGCAGGCGGAGCGCGGCUUCCUGUUCCUGGUCAACUUCAAGCAGGCGCGGCGCACCAGGGGCUCCCUGUUCACCGUGGAGAAGCGCGAUGGCUCCGGCACCCUGUUCGAGGUGGUCUCUAAUGGCAAAGCCAACACGCUGGACAUCGUGUUCACCACGGAAAACAAGCAGCAAGUGGUGUCCAUCGAGGAAGCCGAACUGGCCACGGGUACCUGGAAGAACAUUACACUGUUCGUGCAGGAGGACAGGGUGGACUUCUAUGUCGGAUGUGAGGAGAUAAACAGCGCGGAGCUGGACGCGUCCAUCCACAACGUGCUCACUCCGGAGACGCCAAGCGUCGCCAACCUGAGGAUCGGCAAGGGAGCCGUUAAUGACAGAUUCAUGGGCGUGCUCCAAAACGUUCGAUUCGUGUUUGGGACCACACUGGAAGCAAUACUGAGAAAUAAAGGAUGUCAGAACUCCGUUUCUGAGGUUAUAACUCUGCAUAAUGCGGUUAAUGGAUCCCGACCAGCUAUCAGGACUGAUUAUACUGGCCACAAAACAAAAGAUUUGCAAAUGAUUUGUGGAUAUACCUGCGACGACUUGACCAGCAUGUUUAAAGAACUAAAGACCCUCGGUGUAAUGGUGAAAGAUCUGACCGACAAGCUCCGCAAAGUGACAAAUGAAAACAAUUUGCUUGGUGGAAACUUGGGAAUCCAUGCUGGUGUCUGUCUCCACAAUGGCAUAGUGCAUAAGAACAAGGAAGAAUGGACAGUGGACGGCUGCACUGAAUGUACUUGCCAAAACUCAGCGACAGUGUGCCGUAAGAUUUCCUGUCCCCUGCUUCCUUGUGCCAAUGCAACUGUUCCUGAUGGUGAAUGCUGCCCCCGAUGUGGAACUCCCAGUGACUCUGCUGAGGAUGGCUGGUCCCCCUGGUCUGAAUGGACUCAUUGUUCUGUGUCCUGUGGAAGGGGCAUUCAGCAGCGUGGCCGCUCCUGUGACCGCAUCAAUAACAUCUGCGAGGGCACAUCUGUGCAAACGAGAGAAUGCUACCUCCAGGAGUGUGACAAGCGCUUUAAGCAAGAUGGCAACUGGAGCCACUGGUCACCAUGGUCAUCUUGCUCUGUUACCUGUGGAUCUGGAGUUAUCACACGCAUUCGUCUCUGCAACUCUCCUACUCCCCAAAUGGGAGGAAAAGAGUGUCAGGGUCAAGGCAGACAGACUGAGAAAUGUGAGAAGUCACCAUGCCCAAUCAAUGGAGGUUGGGGGCCUUGGUCACCUUGGGAUACCUGUUCAGUAACCUGUGGGGGUGGUGUCCAAAAUAGAAAACGUCUUUGUAAUAGUCCACCACCCAAGUACGGUGGUAAAGAAUGUGUUGGUGAUGGAAAGGCAACUCAGCUGUGCAACAAACAAGCUUGUCCUAUUGAUGGAUGUCUGUCCAAUCCCUGCUUUGCUGGAGCGAAGUGUACAAGUUUUCCAGAUGGGUCUUGGAAAUGUGGAAAAUGCCCAGCAGGUUACACUGGCAAUGGCAUUAACUGCAAAGACAUUGAUGAGUGCAAGGAAGUUCCUGAUGCUUGCUUCGAAUUCAAUGGAGUCCAUAGAUGUGAAAAUACAGUACCUGGCUACAACUGCCUACCAUGUCCUACACGCUACAGUGGUCCGCAGCCAUUUGGACGUGGAUUGGAGGAUGCUGCUGCAAAGAAACAGGUGUGCACACCUCGUAAUCCCUGCCUUGAUGGAAGCCAUGACUGCAAUAAGAAUGCCCGCUGCAACUACCUGGGCCAUUUCGCAGACCCCAUGUUCCGGUGUGAGUGCAAGCCUGGCUAUGCUGGUAAUGGACACAUCUGUGGAGAGGACACAGAUCUGGAUGGCUGGCCUAAUGCUGACCUUGUGUGUGUGGAGAAUGCUACCUAUCACUGCAAGAAGGACAACUGUCCAAACCUUCCAAAUUCUGGUCAAGAGGACUAUGACAAGGAUGGAAUUGGUGAUGCUUGUGAUGACGAUGAUGAUGAUGAUGGCAUUCCUGAUGACAGGGACAAUUGCCCAUUCGUUUUCAAUCCCAGACAAUAUGACUAUGAUCGGGAUGAUGUUGGUGACCGCUGUGACAACUGCCCAUACAACAGCAACCCUGACCAGACUGACACAGAUAACAACGGUGAAGGUGAUGCAUGUGCCGUGGACAUUGAUGGAGAUGGUAUUCUGAAUGAACUAGAUAACUGCCCUUAUCUGUACAAUGUGGAUCAGAAAGAUACUGAUAUGGAUGGGGUUGGUGACCAGUGUGAUAACUGCCCCCUAGAACACAAUCCUGACCAGCUUGAUACAGACUCUGACCUUGUAGGAGAUAAGUGUGACAGCAAUCAGGACAUUGAUGAAGAUGGUCAUCAAAACAACUUGGACAACUGUCCUUAUAUUCCAAAUGCCAACCAAGCUGACCAUGACAAAGAUGGCAGAGGAGAUGCUUGUGAUCAUGAUGAUGACAAUGAUGGCAUCCCUGAUGAAAAAGAUAACUGUAGACUAGUUUCUAACCCAGAUCAGCUGGACACUGAUGGUGAUGGACGUGGUGAUGCUUGUAAGGAUGACUUUGACCAGGACAAUGUUCUAGACAUUGACGAUGUGUGCCCAGAGAACUUUGACAUCAGUGAGACUGACUUCCGCAAGUUCCAGAUGGUGCCUCUGGACCCCAAGGGCACUUCCCAAAUUGAUCCUAACUGGGUAGUUCGUCACCAAGGGAAAGAGUUGGUUCAGACAGUUAACUGUGACCCAGGCAUUGCUGUUGGAUUUGAUGAGUUUAACGCAGUGGACUUCAGUGGGACCUUCUUCAUCAAUACGGAGAGAGAUGAUGACUAUGCAGGAUUUGUGUUUGGUUACCAGUCCAGCUCCCGCUUCUAUGUGGUGAUGUGGAAGCAGAUAACUCAGACUUACUGGUCCAGCACACCGACCAAGGCACAGGGUUACUCUGGGCUGUCAAUCAAAGUGGUUAACUCAACCACUGGACCAGGUGAACAUCUAAGGAAUGCCCUUUGGCACACUGGGGAUACUCCUGGACAGGUCCGUACUCUGUGGCAUGACCCUAAGAAUGUUGGUUGGAAAGACUUUACUGCCUACAGAUGGCACCUGACUCACAGACCAAAAUCAGGACACAUAAGGGUUGUUAUGUAUGAAGGAAAGAAGAUCAUGGCAGAUUCUGGAAGAAUCUAUGACAAAACAUAUGCAGGUGGAAGACUAGGUCUUUUUGUCUUCUCACAAGAGAUGGUAUACUUCUCAGACCUUAAAUAUGAAUGCAGAGAUGCAUAAUUGCACAGGCAGAAGGUUUUUGGAAGAUGGCACCUUUCUGUAUAAUUACGAAUAUGUAUUCCAUGCAAAGUCCAGGGACAGAUUUUCCACUACAUUUUUUUUUGUGGCAUGCACUCUGGUGGGGCAAGAAGUGGAUUUAUGGUAAUCAAUGCUGGUUUGGACAGAGCUAAUAGAGCUGACUGGGGAUUCAGGACCCCUCCACCAAGACCAGGUAGAGCAGAAAAAAGCCCCCAAAUGCUUUGCUCGAUUGGAAAGACCAAUCUCUCUAAAUAAACCUCAUUCAGAUCAGUGCAGGAAUUCUUCCCUGCAGAUAUCCAUGCACUUGAGUACCUUCUCUUGCUGCAUUAAUUUUUAUCCCCUCAAUAGAUGUCAAAAGACUAGACCAAUUCUUAGUCUUUAAUUCUCUGAAAUUUGCCCUAGUAUAGUAAUUUAUUUUCAACAUUGAAAAGACUUUAAACAGGGUAUGGAGAGUUUAUCAUGCUAGUAAUUAGCAAGACUUUACCAAGUGGAUGUAAUGGUGUUUAUAAUGUCUUUAAAAAUUAAAAAUAAAUAAAUAAAUAACUACACCAAGACCCUUAAAUUAAGUUGAACCAAAAUAAUAUAAAUCGCAUUAAAGGGCCUCAAAUAAAAUUUUAGUUAAUUUUUAAACACCAGUGGAUAUAAAGAGCUAGGUAAGUUCAUAGCCAUAGAUUUCUCAGGGUGAGACCAGAUAUUGACCAAACAUUUGAACACAGAAGGAGGCUACGUUGAAGAAGGCUUAGAUGGAACCAAGUUCAAAAGAUAUCAAUUUUUUAGUAACUUUUUAAAACCAAACCAUUAGAUUUACAGUGAGAACUGAAAAUAAACAACUUUUAAGAAAAGCACUUGCAAAGUAUGAGUUGGAGCUGGGAUGAUGGACCAUGGAUUCUACAUUAUUCAUUGGUUUCUUAAUAGGUAAUAUUCGUGGUUGUUUGGUGAGGAUAUUCUAAUGUUGUAUGAAAAAAUUCGAGGUUAACUUAUUUAUCACUUAUAAUAGAAUAAUAUAUACAAAACAAAUUCAAAUUUAAAGCAAAAAUAUUAUUUCUAGGACAGAAUGCUUCCAAAAAUACUGCUGUGUCACUGGUUAUGGCUAUUUGCCCAACACACUCCAUUAUGCCUUAUCUGACCACAUUCAUAGAUCCCAAAAGGAGAGUUCUUAGAAACAUCAUUUGACCUGUGUGCCUUUUGCCUUGGAAAGAGAGAGAUUAAGGAAAACUUUAAUGUACAACACAAAGUACAACUUUUACCUCAACGCAGUCAUAAAAUUUGAUCAAAUAAAACCUAUUACUACUUUUAAUAUUUUAAAGAAAGCAACUUGGUCAGCUAUUGUUACUGUAGCACAAGCUGUAAAUAGUAUUACAUUCCUCCACAAGAAGAAUACAGCCUCUGAUUCACUUAAUAAACAAAGAUAAAAAGUGUUUUGUUUCAUUUUUGUUUUUCUAUUUUAGUGCUUCCAGUGUCCAGUACUUUUUAAACAGAUAAAUUAUUGUAAAUUGUUCGUUGUCUGUAAGACCAUGUUUCAUAUGAGAACGCAUGUAUGUGUGUGUGUCUGUGUGUGUGUGUGUGUGUGAGUGUAGAUAAAUGCUAUUUAAAUAAUUUAUCAUGGAAUGCAGCCUCAGGGCAAUUCCAUCUGUAUAAAUGGUUUGCACACUGACGUGAGGAUGUUCUGUUCUUUAUUGUUUUUACAUUUUUUUUGUGUAAAAUUAGCAAUGCUUGUCUGUAAACAUUUUUACUUAGGUGUACAAUAAAAUGCUAUUUUUAUUCAUAACAAAUAUUUUGGUAUGUACUGCAGAAAAAUAAAUAUAUUAAAAAAAAUGACAAA